AUGUCCGUCGAAGUAAUCAAGACCAUCUCUCCAAAUACCAACGAAGCCAUCAUAACUCGAAAUGGCGUCUCCGCCGCAGAGCUUGACCAGAUGCCAAAGAUCGCCACCGAGGCGUUUCAGAGCUUCCGCAAGACUACCCUCAAGGAGCGGCAAGAGAUUGUCGAGAAAUUCCUCAAGGAGCUUUCCAGCCACGAGGCUGAGCUUGCCGAGGAAUUGACCGUGCAGAUGGGCCGUCCCAUUGCCUACACCGGCAAGGAAAUUGCCACAGCUGUCAAGCGCGCCGAAUACCUGCUGAAGAUUAGCGACGACGCCCUCAAGGACACAGACGGCGAACCAGAAAAAGGCUUCCGGCGCUUCAUCCGCAAGGUUCCGGUUGGACCCGUCCUCAUCAUCUUUGCUUGGAAUUACCCCUACCUUAUUCUCGUCAACUCCCUCAUUCCCGCAAUAUUAGCAGGCGAUACCGUGAUUCUCAAGCCGUCUCCCCAAACUCCCACCAUCGUGGAGCAUGUUGCUCAAUUCUUUGCGACUGCCGGGCUGCCGGAAGGCGUCCUCCAAUAUUUCCACUGCGGCUCACCGACUGUCAUGGAAUCACUGAUCCGGGACCCAAGAAUUGCCCACGUGUGCUUCACUGGCUCUGUGGCCGGUGGUCUGGCCGUCCAAAAGGCUGCUUCCGAUCGUAUUGUGGGUGUUGGGCUGGAGCUGGGUGGCAAGGAUCCUGCCUAUGUUCGAUCCGACGUAGAUGUCGCCUGGGCCGCCGAAGAGAUUGUUGACGGAGCCAUCUUCAACUCGGGCCAGAGCUGCUGUUCCAUUGAGAGAGUGUACGUCGACGAAAAAAUCCACGAUGCCUUUGUCGAGAGCGUGCAAAAGGUGCUUCAAGGUUACAGACUGGGCGACCCGUUUGACAGGACGACUCAGGUUGGACCCGUCAUUUCCAAACGUUCCAAGGAGACAAUCGAGUCCCACAUCAGCGACGCCUUAGACAAAGGCGCCAAGGAUGCUACUCCAAACAACGAGAGCUUCAGCAAUCCGCCACCCAAAGGCAACUUUGUGAGACCUACGCUGCUGACGGAGGUGGACCACACAAUGAUUGUUAUGACUGAGGAGACGUUUGGCCCAGUAAUUCCGGUGAUGAAGGUCAAUAGUGAUGUCGAGGCCAUAAAACUUAUGAAUGAUAGUGAACUUGGUCUCACUGCAAGCAUCUGGACCCGAGACACAGCAAAGGGAUACCAGUUGGCAGAAGAUGUGGAGGCGGGUACUGUAUUCGUGAACCGCUGCGACUACCCCAGCCCUGAUCUUGCUUGGACAGGGUUCAAGAGGUCUGGCAAGGGUCAGACGCUGGGGCGGUUCGGCUUCGAGCAAUUUGUUAAACCCAAGAGCUUCCACGUCAAGAGCUAUCCGCAAUAA